AUGCCUGGUACAGAGCAUUCACCUUUGAAAAGGCCAGUGGACGCCGAACAAUGUCUAAGUUCUUCUCCCAAACGGUCAAAACUAGAGUCUGGCGCAUGGGCUUUCCGUGUCAAGAACCAAAUGGAUGAAACAAACAGCGAGUCCAACGACUCGGACGCCAAACCGGAAUCCAAGUCCCCUACUUCGACUGCGUCUAUCACGGAGCCAAAGCCAGCAGUCCGUCAAAGAAUUGCUUCCAGACGCUCUUCACCCGAAGUAUCUGAGCCAGUGGAAUCAGAAUCAGAAUCAGAGUCGGAUUCGUCAUCGUCAUCGUCCUCUUCUUCUGCGGACUCUGGAUCCGAGUCGGAGGCCGAGGUUGACGACGCAUCAUCCGAUGAUGAACAAAUGCAUGAUCAAUCGGCUAGGGUGCCCUCAAGGCCUUCUACCAACGUUCCAAUCAAUUCUGCCUUGCGUGCGAGACUUGCAAGCUUCAUCCCGUCCCUGAAAGCCGCAAAUGAGGACCUUGAACGAGAUAUCGCUGCUGGCAAGGCGAUGGGUCUUGAGGUUGAUAGCGAAGAAGAAGGACAAGGCCAAUACAUUGAAAUGAACCUUGGCUUGGGCGUUCUUCAGGAAGGGGACGACGGAGAUGGAGAUGGAGAACAUAGCAGUGACGAGAGUGAGAGCUCUGAAAGUAGCGAUUCCUCGCGGUCGUCUGGAAAGCCAACAAAAAAAGAGAAAAACAUCAUCAGAAAACUCAUGGGAAAUAAAGCUGAUCUACAAAAACCGAAAAUCGAAGAGAUGGGCUCAUGA